GUGUGUGCGUGUGCGUGUGUGUGUGUGUGUGUGUGUGUGUGUGUCGUGGGAGGUAAAUGCCCCCUCCUUCCACCUCCCCCUUCCCCAUUCCCCCCACCCCUUUGUAAUGUUUGUCCCUGCUUGCCCAUCACCAGGGGGUUGAGAGGAGUAUGACAGGUCUUUGUUGUCUGAAUAAAAAUCCGUGGCAGCUCCAGGGAGAGAACUCCUCCUACUAAAUUAUCAAAAAUGGGCUGGCUUUAGUCUCUUAACAAAUUGGACACCGCUCAGGCAGGAGCAGUCCCCAACGCAACCUACAGGCACUGGGAACUUGCGAGCAGCCAGGGACCGCUGAAAAUAGCACUUCUUUUUCUUUCUUUGUGUUCAAAACUGUUUUCUUUCUGCACCAGAUUUUGUUUUCCUCCCCCCGCUGCAGUUGUUUCCCAUUAGUAACUCGAUCUCUCGGAGCAGUAAGACUCGUCUUCUCCGCCUCCUCCCCUCCGCCCGUGUUUGUUUGUUUUCCGCACAUCUCCUUUAGGGAGCCGCUGGGGCUUGUUCCCUCUUCCCCCCUUUUUAUCCUCCCCCCACCCCAAGCAGACCGAUUUCCACUCUGUCUGCUGCUUGCUUCUCUCUCCCUCCUGCGCUCCCGCCCCGCGCAGCCUCCGCCGCCCUCCGCGCCCGCACUCGGAUGAGCCGAGCGCCCCGGGCGAGUGCAUGGAAAUAGUGGGGUGCAGAGCAGAAGACGACGCGUGUCCCUUCCGCCCCCCAGCCAUGCUCUUCCACGGGAUCUCCGGAGGCCACAUCCAGGGAAUCAUGGAGGAGAUGGAGCGGAGAUCCAAGACCGAGGCCCGCCUGGCCAAGGGCGCCCAGCUCAACGGCCGCGACGCGGGCGUGCCCCCGCUCAGCCCCGAGAAGCCCGCUCUGUGCGCCGGCUGCGGGGGCAAGAUCUCGGACAGGUACUACCUGCUGGCCGUGGACAAGCAGUGGCACCUGAGGUGCCUGAAGUGCUGUGAAUGUAAGCUGGCCCUCGAGUCCGAGCUCACCUGCUUCGCCAAGGACGGCAGCAUUUACUGCAAGGAGGAUUACUACAGAAGGUUCUCCGUGCAGAGAUGUGCCCGCUGCCACCUUGGCAUCUCCGCCUCCGAGAUGGUGAUGCGCGCCCGCGACUCCGUCUACCACCUGGGCUGCUUCACCUGCUCCACCUGCAGCAAGACGCUGACCACGGGCGACCACUUCGGCAUGAAGGACAGCCUGGUGUACUGCCGCGCGCACUUCGAGGCCCUGCUGCAAGGGGAGUACCCGCCGCCGCUGGGCUACUCCGAGCUGGCGGCCAAGGGCGGCGGCCUGGCGCUGCCCUACUUCAACGGCGCGGGCACCGUGCAGAAGGGGCGGCCCCGCAAGCGGAAGAGCCCGGCGCUGGGCGUGGACAUCGUCGGCUACGGCUCAGGUUGUAAUGAAAACGAGGCAGACCACUUGGACCGGGACCAGCAGCCUUACCCACCCUCUCAGAAGACCAAGCGCAUGCGAACUUCCUUCAAGCACCACCAACUCCGGACCAUGAAAUCCUACUUUGCCAUCAACCACAACCCGGAUGCCAAGGACCUCAAGCAGCUUGCCCAGAAAACAGGCCUGACCAAAAGAGUUCUGCAGGUGUGGUUCCAAAACGCACGAGCCAAAUUCAGAAGGAACCUUUUGCGGCAGGAGAACGGGGCAGUCGAUAAAGCCGACGGGGCGCUCCCGGCCGCGCCCCCCGCGGACAGCGACGCGCUCGGCCCGCCCGGCACCGCCUUGGCAGACCUGCCCGCCCCCGCUGUCGCUGUCGCCGUCGCCGCGGCCGUGCCCGCGACCUCGGGCCCGGACGGCCGCGACCCCGGGAGCCCCUCGCAGACCACCCUAACGAGCCUUUUCUAA